AUGCGAACUCGAUCGAGUCGGUCAACUGAAGACUUGGUCGAGCUAGACAUUACAACGGGUAGAAAGAGGGUUCAGAGGUCACAGAGGGUACAAGAGGAACCUGAGGUGCUUGUUGCUGAUACAAUGGAUGUACCAGAAGGGAAUGGAAACCCUUUGGGUCAUGGACUCGGUCGAGCUAGGCAAACUCGACCGAUUGGUCAAGGAGAUGCUCCAAACCGCCACCAACAGAGACAAGGGAUUGUUCCACCACCAGUGCAGAACCACAACUUUGAGAUCAAGCUGGGAAUGAUCAACCUUGUCCAGAACAAGAUGUUCCAUGGAUUGCCAAGUGAAGACCCCAUUGACCACCUUGAUGAGUUUGAUAGGCUUUGUGAUUUGACAAAGAUCAAUGGUGUCUCUGAAGAUGCCAUCAAGCUGAGACUCUUUCCUAUGUCUCUAGCUGACAAAGCUCACCAAUGGGAGAAGAGCUUGCCCCAUGGCACAAUCACCACUUGGGAUGAAUGCAAGAAGGCCUUUCUUGCUAAGUUUUUCUCCACCGGUCGCACAGCCAAGCUUAGAGGAGAGAUAUCCAGCUUCAUCCAGCGAAACAAUGAGACAUUCGCAGAGGCUUGGGAGAGGUAUAGGGAGAUGCUAGACACAGCUAGCAAUGGGAACUUCCUCAACCAGGAUGUAGAUGAUGGCUGGCAACUUGUGGAGAACAUAGCUAACUCAAAUGGAAGCUAUGGAGAAGAGUAUGAUCGCACCAACCGGAGCUCGACCCACCACUCGAUCGAGUCAGACGAAAAGUUGAGAAAAGAUGUUAAGGCAUUGAAUGAGAAGUUGGAUAAGCUGAUCCUAGCUCAGUCCACAAUGAAGAAAGUCAACUUUGUGUCUGCUGAGGAGAUGGAACCAGUCCAAGAAGGGGAGGAUACACAAUUUGCUGAGGUGUGCUACAUGAGCAAUGGGCAAGGAGGUUACAACAAAGGAUACUAUAAUUACAAGUCCAACCCUGCCAUGUCAUACCGCAACACUGAUGUUGCUAACCCUCAGGACCAAGUAUAUCCUCAACAACAAGCAGCUCGAUCGAGUCAGGUGCCACAACAUGGGUAUGGUCAAAAGAACAAUUACCAAGGACCACAAGGCACUUUCCCUGGACAACAAAUGAAUAUCCCACCAGGCUUCCCCCACCAACCGCCCCAGCCUGCACCUUCACAAGAGAAUGAGCUCAAAGCAAUGCUAAAGCAACUACUUCAAGGGCAAGCUGAUGGGGUAGUGGACACAAGCAAGAAGCUAGCUGAAAUAAACUCUAAGAUCGAGAACCUCAACACAAGGGUUUACUCUCUGGAGAAUCAUGCUUCUUCUGUUGCUGCUGCUACAAAGCAAGGACAACUACCUGGUAAAGCUAUUCAGAACCCCAAGGAACAGUGCAAGGUCAUCUUCACUCAAGAAGGACUUGUUGAAGAAGAGGAUCAAGAAAGGGUCAUUGAAGAUUUUUGUUUACUGCUGAAUGAUGAAGAGAUUGUUGCUGCUGAGGCUCCUGGAGUCCAGAUUGAUCAACCAGAAGUGCAUGCACCUACUGUGGCCAUUCACACUUCACCAGUUGAGCUCGCACGACAAGCUCGAUCGGCAGCUCGAUCGAGUCCAACUCUAGCUCGAUCGAGUCCGACCUCUUCUGUCCGACAGCCUGUUUUGCUUGAUCCUUAUCAACCGGUUGCCGCUUCCUCGUCUCGCCUACUUAGUCAAGGUCACAAGGAAGUGAUUCACAAGUUCAGAAGAGAUCUCAGUGGGAUUGGAAUUGAGUUGCCUCUAUGGAUAGCAUGA